GGCAUUUCUGGCUCAAGAUGGCCCAACGGCACUCAACCGGCCAUCUGGGGGUCAAAAGUCUUCUCCUGGACCCUCAACCCCUCAGCAACAACGGCGUGUCCCCCCACGAGAAAUGCCCCUCCGUGACUUCCUUGGAGGAUGCCGGCCAGCUGGCCGAGCCCUCCACCCCGCUCUCCAAUCCGCGCCGGAUCAUCCUAAGCACCGAGAGUCCGGCCGCCCUCAAGGUGGGCACCCAGCAGCUCAUCCCCAGGGGCUUAGCCGAAUACCCCAAACCCAAGAUCCCCCCCCGCCCUCAGAGCUUCUCCGAUGGGACGGUGUGGGGCAGGGAGGGGGUCCGUUGUGACCCCAAGCGCUUGUCAGCGCCCAGCCUUUCUCUGGAUGAUGACCCGGACGACGAAUUGGACGCGAGCGAGGGGACGCUGAAACGCAACCUGCGCAGCACGUCCUACCGGGCGGCCAUGAAGGGCGUGAAGAAUGGCGGGGAACCCAAGACGGCCACAACCGUUGGGGGUCUCAAGCCCGUGAUGGAAGACGCCAAGCCCCCCACCAGCCGGAGUCCUGCGAGGAACAAGCGAACGUUGGGACGCAAGCGACUGCAGCAUCACGGCGGUUCGUUCAAAGACGAUCCCCGCCUGUACCAAGAGAUCCGAGAAAAGGGCCUCAACUCCAUCAACCACGAGUCGGACGACGACCUCCUCGACCUGGACGCCAUUCCCGAACACCAGCCGCCCGCCAUCGUGGUGAAAAACUACCGUCCUGCUCAGGUCACCUGGAGCCAACAGCCCGAGGUCCUGGAAAGUGGCAUCUUGGACCGGAUAUCCCCAGAAGAACGUAAGAGGCAAGAGGCCAUCUUUGAGAUCAUCACCUCGGAGUACUCUUACCUUCAUAGCCUGACCAUCCUGGUGGAGCAUUUUCUGAAAUCGGACGGGUUGAAGGAGACCAUGACCCCGAUGGACCAUCAUCACCUCUUCUCCAACGUGGGGGACAUCUUGGCGGUCAGCAAGAG